CCUUCAUUGCGACUCAGAGACAAGAGGAAGAGGGAGCAAGAGAGAAAAAAAAGGAAAUUGGUGAUUCCCCUUAUGUUGAAGACUCUUUUAUCUUGCUCCGUUGCUUGCCUCGAGUUUUCCCUUCGCUCUAUCUCGAUACGAGUCCCGGCGGAGAUUUAAUUGUUUCUUGCUUUCUUGGGUGGAGUGGUAUUUAUUUGGGAUGCUUUUUGGGGUUUUCGGAGAUAUUUUUUUAUUUUUGUGCUGGGAUUUGGGUUGGGUUGGCCGGGAUUGAUCUUGAACGCGAGGAGAUUGGGGGAUAGAGAAUUAGGGCGUUUUGCUUCCUUAGGUUUGAGGAGGGGAAGAGAUGAGAGGAGUGAAUAAUAGCGUGGAGACGGUGAAUGCGGCGGCGGUGGCGAUCGUCUCUGCUGAGAGCCGGGUCCAGCAAGUCGCCGUUCCGAGGAGAAGGUGGGGGGCUUGUUUCAGUGUUUACUGGUGCUUUGGAUCUCAUAGACAUGGUAAGCGCAUCAGCCAUGCAGUCCUUGUUCCUGAACAGACACUACCAAGGUCAGAUGCUCCUGCCCCUGAAAAUCCGAUCCACCCUCCAGCAUUUGUUGCACCUCCUUCUUCUCCAGCUUCCUUCCUCCAGUCAGAACCCCCAUCUGCCACCCAAUCACCUACAGGUCCUCUUUCCUUUUCUGCUCUCUCAGCAAAUUCCUACUCCCCCAAUGGCCCUGCCUCCAUAUUUGCCAUUGGGCCUUAUGCACAUGAAACUCAUCUAGUCUCACCUCCUGUCUUCUCCACCUUCACAACUGAACCAUCCACUGCUCCAUUUACUCCCCCUCCGGAAUCUGUGCAUCUAACAACCCCUUCAUCUCCCGAGGUUCCAUUUGCACGGCUUUUAACCUCUUCUCUGAAUUCCAACUGCAAACAGAGUGAAGCCUAUGAGUUUCAGUCAUACCAGUUUUAUCCAGGAAGCCCGAUAGGUCACCUCAUAUCACCCAGCUCAGCUUGUUCAGGCACUUCAUCCCCUUUCCCUGAUGUUGAAUUGCGUACCUCUGCUGGUAGCUCCUUCCCAUCCUUCCCAGUUGGUGAACCACCAAAGAUACUGAGUGCUGAAGGAGUUGCUGUGCGCAAGCUGGUACCUUGUCAUGCUCGGGAUGGUGGUUCACUUUUGGAUGGUCAGAUCACAGCAGCUGCACCUACAGUGGAUUCUGCUAUGGCACCUCAUAAUAAUGAUCAUGCCAUGGAUCACAGAGUAUCAUUUGAAUUGACUGCAGAAGAGUUUGCACGCUGUUUGGGGAAGAAAACAGCACUUUCAGGGGAUUCUAAUUCGGGAUCUUCACAAGUUGCAACAUCCACGGGAGACCAGAUUACUGCAGAAGCCAAGAAGAGCAAUGGAAUCUGUGUUGAUGAAACCUACCAUGACUUGCCUGAGAAAGCACAACCUUCCUUUGCCCUUCCAGCAGCUAAAGAAUUCAAAUUUGACAAUGCUGAUGGAGCCCCUGCAGAGCCUAGUGUUGGCUCUGCUUGGUGGGCAAAUGAGAAGGUUGUUGGGACGUCAAGUGAGCCUCGCAAGAACUGGGCAGUUUUCCCUAUGAUACAGCCUGGGGUCAGCUGAUACCUGAUCCAAGAUGCAUCCCAUACGUUGAGAGGAGCCUCUGCGGCUGGCUCUAUGGUUCAUGACCCACUUGGCAGCUUUGCUGGGAACAGGAGACCCUGGGCGUCUGCAAGCCAAACUUGUGAAGAUCUUCGGUGGGUGUUGAUGGUAAGAGGAACUAUUUUGCUAGCUGCAUCUCAUAUCUUGUCUGCAUCUUGACAGGAAAAAAUAAACAGAGAAGAUGUUGAUGUCUGAUAUGAAAUGUGUAAUGUGAUAUAAUCUCAUACAACAUAGGACAGCUGUCUGCUCUAACAGAUCAUGUAAUAUGAUGUGGCAUUAUGAUUCUGUCAUUAUUUAUCCCUCAGAACUUCGUUAUGCCUUCCCGGUUAGCUAA